CUGCGCGCAGGAGCCAUCAGCGUGUUUACCUGAACGUCGAGCGGAGGAGGAGAGGAAGAGGACGGGAAAAACUGGGGAAACGGGCUAACCAAUGCCGUCUCCGCCGCCUAACCGCGCGCCUCUCGUCUGCGGAGCUGCUCUCACACGACCCGCGGGGAUUUACAGCGGCGGCGGCGGCCGCGUACACACCGAGCAGGUCGCGAGGAGGAGCGAGGGGAACCGCGGCAAAUGGCAACUUGUGCAGUGAGGAGUUUCUCCAAUGUGUCAGAAGCAGCGUCAGAUUCCGACGAUGAAGAUAAACUCCACAUCGUGGAGGAGGACAGUAUUUCAGACGCUCCUGAAGAAAAGCCCACAGUAUUCCAGCUCAGUGCAUCGCAGCAGCUACACAACGGACACAGAGAGGACGAUGGCAACCUGGGGCCAGACCCUUUGAUACAGGAAAUUAGAGUCAAAGAGGAGUGCAUAACUGACGAAGAGGAUGAGGAAGGUCACGCUCAUGGAUCACCACAGCAGGGGACUGAAGAGGCUGUUUACUCAGAGGUUCCAGAGGAGGAGCAGAGCACGCCUGAGAGAGGAGGCCAUGAUGAGAACGGUACACCGGACGAGUUCUCCCAGCUGCACACGUGUCCCUACUGUUCCCGGGGGUAUAAGCGGCACACGUCUCUGAAGGAGCACAUCAAACUGCGUCAUGAGAAGAGCGACAACGACUUCAGCUGCUCCCUCUGCAGCUACACCUUCAGCUACCGCACACAGCUUGACCGUCACAUGACCGCUCACAAAAACGGACGCGAACAGCGGGCAGUGCCACAGUCUGGAGGAAACAGGAAGUUUAAGUGUACAGAGUGUUCUAAAGCCUUUAAAUAUAAACAUCACCUGAAGGAACACCUGCGGAUUCACAGCGGUGAGAAGCCAUAUGAGUGCUCCAACUGCAAGAAGCGUUUCUCUCACUCUGGUUCCUACAGUUCUCACAUCAGCAGUAAGAAGUGUGUAGGACCUCCCCCUACUGUCAACGGCCUCUCUCGCACCCCAGGAGUCAAAGCUGCACUCACCCUCUCGCAGCCCACGCGCAUUCUCUUACGAGAGAAAGUGGACAUUUGUAACAAACCUUUACAAGAACAGCUCCCACCCAAACAGAUCAAACAAGAACCUGUAAACCACGAACUUAAGCCAGUCACAACUACGCCCAUUGUUUCCACAACCACUACCACCACCACUGCCACCACAAAUAAUGGGGUUGGAAUAACUGUUCCCACUGCUGCCCCUCAGGGUGUGGUACAGACUUUGGUUGUACCCACUGUGGGUCUAGUCCAGCCAAUCAGUAUUAACCUGAGUGACUUGCAGAACGCCCUGAAAGCAGCAAUGGAUGGAAACGUGAUCCGCCAGGUUGUGGCUACCACGAACGCUAAUGGAACUACCGCUAAGGUUGUUGGUCAGAUGCAACCACAAGUACAGGCUAUGGUCAUGCAGGCUCCUCAGCCUCAGGGGCAGAUGAUCUCUGCCAUCUCUCUCCCAGUGGUAGAUCAAGAAGGAAAUGCCAAAAUCAUCAUCAAUUACAAUAUGGACCCACAAAUCAGCACUUCAAAGAUCAACACGUUACAGCCUGUUCUUACACAGCCAACUGUGGCACAGGCAAAAGUGCUGCAGUCAAAUGUGGCAUCACCAAAGGUGGUACAGAUGAACUCAACGCAACCUCCGAAGGUGGUGCAGGUUAACUCAACACAAUCCACAAAGCUAUUACAGGUUAACUCAACUCAGCCUCCUAAGGUGGUACAGGUUAACUCAACCCAACUUCCCAAGGUGGUGCAGGUCAACUCAACUCAGCUUCCGAAGGUGGUGCAGGUUAGCUCAUCUCAGACUCCAAAGGUGGUGCAGAUGGACUCAAACCAACCCGCAAAGGUGGUGCAAGUUAACUCACAACCAAACAUCACUUUAACUCAAAUGUCAAAUACCGCUAAGCAUGUACCCACGCAGAUAAACAUCCUUAAACCCGUCCAAACUAACCCCAAUAAAGUACCAUCCAUCAUCAAGGUAACAAAGCUGCUCCAAUCACACCCUGCGCAGACCAAGCACACGCAGCCAACACUGCUGCUUUUGAGAAGAGCAGACGGGUCGCAGGGGCUGGUAGUCAGACAGUUAACGACUGUACAUCCAAACACAAAAGUAACUGUACCUAUAGAGUCAAAAUGCACAGAGCAGGAGUCGAGCCCUGAAAAGACAGCAAUGCCAGAAAAGCAAACGUCUCCUGUUCAGUUGAGCCAGGCUGUAGAAGAUUCCAGUACUUCCAAAGACAACUGCGAGCCUGAGGACCUGAGCGGCACGUUGCUGCAGGACAUUCAGAUCAAAACCGAGCCCAUGUCUCCAACGGAGAUCGACUCUGGGAAUCAGACAGACUGUGGUGGAGGGGCUUUACGAUCAGACGGUGAGAGAGAGAUAGUAAGAACAGCAGUGAAGACCACCGGCUUCGAGUCAACGGCUCACUGUGGCGUUGCAUGUGGCGACGGCUUCCAUAACUACGCCACGUGCCUCUUCUGUGACAACAGUCCCAGCAGCGAAGACAUCUUCAACUGUCUCAACAGCAACGACCCAGGAUCUGGAACAUCUCUCUCCAGUCUACUGGGGGAAGAUGACUCUGGACCUCCAGUGGAGUGCCUCCUGCCUCUUCUCAAAGCGUACAGUAAAGACUCAGAUCCUACUGAAGAGCACCUGGCGAGAGUGGCCGAAUCAGUCAGCCUGCCUGAGGAUGUAGUCACCAGGUGGUUCCAAAGAAUGCGCUCCAAGAAGAUAUCACUCCGAGCUCUCGGCCAUCAUAAAAACAAACAGCAAACUAUUGAAAGCACUCCAUCAGACCCAAGUACCGACACAGAACCCCAAAUCCACAACACUUCAAGUGACCACCAUGAAGACUCUUUAGCGGAGCAGAACAGUGCCCCUUCUUCUCCACUGAACCUCUCCGCAGGUGAUCUCAUCAUAGUAAAGACAGAAGAAUCAGAGGAGGAAGGACAAGCUGAACCUCUGGACCUGUCUCUCCCAAAGUCCUCCUGUAAAAACGCCAACACCUCAGUUACCACAUCAGUGUCCACCACCAAGCAGUCCCUGCCUGCACAGGAGGAGCCGCUCAACCUCACCUGCCUCAAGAAAGAUACACUGCCUGGCAGCACCAUCUAUGUGACACAACCAACCACAGGUCCCAUAAACAUUGUAGCACCUUUGCAAACACUGGUUGCCAUAGCAGAGCCGGGUGGAGUUCCCUGCCUCCGAGCUGCCUUCUCCCCCAACAAACGCACCAUCCUCAUCCCCCAGCUGUCCUACACCUACGCCACGCCCUCAACAAACAGCACCGCACACAUCACCAACUCCACCAGCAAGAUCAUCACCACCACCACUCCACCAUCCACAGACAGAGAAGGAGCAGUCAUACUUAAUGACUGUCAGGAGAAGGCCAGUGCUGGUGUUGAAAGCUUGUCCAUGUGGGAUGGGCAGAGUGAAAGUGACCUCUCCCCAAACAGAAAGCGGAGGAAGUUGCUGGGCGGCCAAUACGCAUGUGAUCUGUGUGACAAAAUCUUUCAGAAGAGCAGCUCGUUGCUCCGACACAAAUACGAACACACAGGUAAGCGUCCCCACGAGUGCGGCAUCUGUAAGAAGGCAUUUAAACACAAGCACCACCUGAUCGAGCACACCCGUCUUCACUCCGGUGAGAAGCCCUACCAGUGUGACAAGUGCGGCAAACGCUUCUCGCACUCAGGCUCUUACUCCCAGCACAUGAACCAUCGCUACUCUUACUGCAAGAAGGAGACUCACAACCAGCCGGAGCCGGCCAGCACCUCCUCACAGCUCGACUCGGACCCGGACCCAGACGAACGAGAGAGCGAGGCGGAGGAGGAGGAGGAGGAGGAUGACGAAGAGCAAGAGGGAGAGAGAGAUGCAAACGAAGACAUGGAAUUUGCUGGCUUUGACAUGAGUGAAAUUCGAGUGGUCAGAGUUGGGGAGGAAUAUGAUGAGGAUGAUGAAGAGGACGAGGAAGAGGAGGGUGGAGGAGGUGAAGAUGAAGAAGACCUGAUGGAGGAAGAGGAGGCGAUGGAGAGGCAACCUGAGGGAAUGAAUGGUCUGGAGGAGGAAGAGGUGUACGAGUUGGACCUGGGGGACUGCACGGACGAGGAGCAGCAGGAGCUGGAGCCCCCGGAGGACAGUGAGGUAACUGACUGUGUGGAAAGCAGGAGCGUGGCUACAGCAGAGGGAUAAAACGACUGAAAAAAUAAUUAUUUUCCCCACUUUUCUCAAGUGACUGACAAUUGGUCACAGAGGAAGACUCGGAGGAGUCGUUUGCCAAGUCUCGAUGAUGACGACCUUGGGUUACUUUAGAAGCUGUGUCUCAGUAAUUUACUGUGUAUGAAGCCCAGGUGUGCCUGAUCCUCAAACUUCUUUCUUUCUUUUUUCCGGUGAAGAAGAAAAAAAUACAGCGUUUGUAAACUAUUUCAAUCAAACAAACCUGAAGGUUUCACUCUUAGUUUCAGUUCAAAUGUGUUACUGCACCUGAACCAGCUUCAGGUAUGUUACGUCAGUGUUACUCAAUGUUUUUUUCUUUGAAACUUUCCGUCUGUACAGUCAGGUGAGAUUUCUAUACAUUUUUAUUGCCAAUGAAGUUUACUAAAAUCAGUAUUUUAUCAGUAUGUCACUAUGUUUUGAGAGAUAAAACUAAAAUGCACUGCAGGUACAUUUAUGGAUUGUUUAUUUAUGGAUACAUAAUGCCUCAAGUUUUAGAUACCGUUCAGUAUUCUUAUUUUAAGUAGGCCAACCAGUGUUAGCGUAGCAUUUUGUUUUGCCAUCUGCCUGUUCGCCUUAUGAAGGAAACCAGUUUGCACUUCUGUACCAUGGGAUCAUCUAUAAAGAUUCAGCUUUAUUCAAAUGAUAAAAUAAUCUUCAAAGAAAUAUGAGCAGCAUGAUAUUGAAAAAAUUGCAUUCAUUUUUGCAAUAUGUUUCCAUUUUGAUUUUUGAUUUUGCCAUAUUAAAAGAAUACAGUCAGUGAUUCAGAAUGUAAUAACAUUAAUUGCGCACUCUGUGUGUCUAAGAUUGGAGUCAUAUAAAUAAAACUGGGCAGUGUUAUAUAAUAUAUAUAUAUAUAUCACUGAUCGAUACUGAAUCAAUUUAUUGUGCAGCCCUCGUAAAGUUUAAUUGUUUCAUGUUAUGAUUGCUGUGACUGAACCAAAAUUUUAUUAAUUCUCAAGUGUUUCAAUCAAGUGAAUUAACUGCAGCUAACUGACUUCAGUACCACUAUUAGAGCUAGUCUGGUACAAAUUUGCACAUUUUCUUAAAUUAAGCACUCCUUUUAUAAUCAAACGAAUAGGAUAAAUGCAUACAAAUAAUGUUUUUGACAGUAUAUUCUGUAUGCUCACAAACAGAGAAGGUAAGAAAUAAAGCGAGUUUUUUUAAUGUUUUGAUGUUUUUUGCUGUGUUUAUGAUUCUUUAUAGAUGGUACAUCCUAUGAAGUGCACUUUUCUGUGGUAUAGUAUGUAGGAACGUGGCACCAUUUAAGAAGAAAAAAUAAAAAAAAACUUCAGUCAGGGAAUUGUGCGUCACAACCUCAAAGCCAGUGUUAUGUCCUUUUUGUUUUGGUGUUUUUUGUUUGACUUCUUCUUGUUUUGGUUUACUUAAACCAUUUUAAUGUUUGUUUUAGUGAAUUCAGGGGUGCACUGAAUUUUACAAAACAUGAUAUGGAGAUGUGCAAUAGAAUACCUUUCCAUUUUCUCCCAUCCCCUUAAAAAACAAGAGUUUACAGAUUACAGUUACUGAACAGAAUAUCGUCGCUGUUCCGCAAAAACACAAUAACUGCCUUUUUAUUUGCCUUUUUUUUUGCAGUUAUCUCUAUGGUGGUGUUUUUUUUCCUUUCACAAUGUACAAACGCAAAUAUUUUUGGGCAACCUAGGCCUAUGAAGGAUACAUCAGUUGCGCCCUUCACAUUACACUAGUCAUUUCUCUAUAUGUAGGAUCCUUCACUUUGGAACAGCCUACUAUAAAGUAGUGAUUAAAAACGCAGCAUUUUCUAUUUGUCACUUGGACUGUGUUCACUCAGCAGGUAAAAGUGACCCAAAUCUGAUUUUCUCACCAAAUUCAGGCUAUAUUUCUAAAUUUCCAACAGUUCACACAAUCAUAUUUAUUUGUGUAUCCAUAUCUGACAUUCUACUGGGCAGACUGUGCUGUUUAAAUGACGCUCUCCUCACAUCCAUUUUCUUUUCUCCUCACAGCCUUUUUUUCCUCUGCUUGACAUAAAAGUCACAUGAAUUCUGAUCUGGUUCAAAUCAGAUGUAAAUCGGAUACAUAUACAAAUCAAAUUUUAGUACCACAUAUUAAAGUGGCUGCUGUGUGAACAAUGCCUUUUUGACAUAAUGUGAAUUUUGCAAUUUAUUUUAUAUCAGAAUGCCUAAUGGUCCACCAUUUUUUUCCCUUCUCCUGUAAACUUGCCAUUUAGUAGAUUUAGUAGAAGUUUUUGCCGGACAGAGGCAGUAUAUAAGCUUUGAAAUGGUCAUUUUAUUUCGACUGAUUUCUUGAAAUUACCCAAUCAAAACUACACAGUUUUUCUCGUAUCAUGUGACCCUGGUGCACCCCAAAUUUUUGUCUUGUCUAAAUGUGUGACUUGUGUCAAUGUUAGAUGACCUAUGAAGUGUUUCUAAGGAACCCCACACCCCCAGCCUUAUGCAAGACCGCCAAGCUGUAAGUGCCAUUCAUACCUGUUAACUCUGUACUCCAUAACCAUUUUAACCAGUGGACCCAUUUUAAUCUGCUAUCAGCCAAUUUAAGACAUGUUUCCAAAUCUGAACACACUCAUGUCAGAGUGUAGACAUGGGCCAAAGAGCCAAUUACUCAAAUCUGGUUUAUGAUUUAGAUUUUUUUUUUU